GGACGUCAGCCUCUGACUGAAGCUCAUCACCUCCAGGAGCACACAGACCUUCACCAUCCAGACCAUCUUUAUAUGUGAAGACGUGAACAUGGCUCAGCGAGGACUUCAGCUGGACCGUGAGAGGUUCUGCUGUCCGGUCUGUCUGGAUCUCCUGCAGCAUCCAGCCACUCUGCCCUGUGGGCACAGCUACUGCAUGUGCUGUAUUAAGAAGCACUGGGAUGGAGAGAGUGAGGGGGGGGUCCCCACCUGUCCUCAGUGCAGACAGACCUUCAUACCCAAACCAGUCCUGGGGAAAAACACCGUGUUAGCAGACUUGGUGGAGGAGCUGAAGAAGACCGGACUCCAGGCUGCUCCUCAUCCUCAGCACUAUGCUGGACCUGCAGAUGUGGCCUGUGACGUGUGCAGCGGGAGGAAGCUGAAAGCCUCCAGGUCCUGUCUGCAGUGUGUGGCCUCCUACUGCGAGCUCCACCUCCGGCCUCACCACGAAGCCCCGAUUUUUCACAAACACCAGCUGGUGGAGGCCUCGGCGGAGCUCCAGGAGAUCAUCUGCUCCGUUCACAGCAAAGUGAAGGAGGUGUUCUGUCGCAGCGAUCAGCAAUGCAUCUGCCUCCUCUGUGCUAUGGACGCACACCGAGGCCACGACACGGUGUCGGCUGCAGCAGAGAGGAGCGCGAGGCAGCGAGAGCUCGGGCCGAUGAGGCUCGACGUCCAGCUGAGGAUCCAGGACGCACAGAGAGACGUGGAGCUGCUUCAGCGGCAGGUGGAGGCCAUCGAUCGCUCCGCCGACGAAGCCCUGAAGGACAGUGGGACCCGGUUGAGCCAGCUGCUGCGACUGGUGGAGGACAAAAGCUGCUCGGUGCAGCAGCAGAUCAGCUCCCAGCAGCAAACAGAAGUGAGUGGAGUCACAGAGCUGGAGAAGAAGCUGCAGCAGGAGAUCAGCGAGCUGAGGAGGAGAGAUGUGGAGCUGGAGCAGCUCUCACGCACAGAGGAGCACAGCCAGUUUCUCCUCAGGUACUCCUCGCUGUCAGCCCUCAGUGAACCCGCACGCUCAGCCAGCGUCAGCGUCCGUCCUCCCUGCUGCUUCCUGGACGUGACGGCAGCUGUUUCUGAGCUCACAGACAAAAUCCAAAGCUUCCUGAGUCAGGACCGGAUCUCAGCCGGGACCAGAGCCGAGUUACUCCGAGACUCCCGGCUCCUCAGCGUGGAUCCGAACACAGUGAGCGUGGGGCUGAAGGUCACAGAGGCGAACAGGAAGCUAACGUUUGUGGGGAGGAAACAGUCCUACCCUCAUCAUCGUCGCAGAUUCACCGACAGCUUCCAGGCUUUGAGCACGCAGAGUCUGACUGCUCACUCUUACUGGGAGGUGAAGUGGCGCGGGGUCGUUUCAGUGGCGGUCGCAUACGGGAGCGUGAGCCGAACAGGAAGUGACAGCAGUUUUGGAGAUGACCACAAGUCCUGGGCGUUGUACUGUGACAGGAACGGUUAUAAAGCGAGACACGACGGAGUGAGCGCGCUCCUGUCGGGGCCUCCGUCCUCCGUGGUUGGAGUGCACCUGGAUCACGGUGCAGGCGUGCUGUCCUUCUACAGCGUCUGUGACAGCGUCACGCUCCUCCACAGAGUCCACACCACCUUCACCGAGCCCCUACACGCUGGACUCGGCGUGGGCUUGGGAUCCACUGCUGAGCUGCUCCAGCCCAGUUAGAGCAACACCUGCUGGCGUUUGGGCGGGGC